AUGUCAGUCGCCGACACCAUCGAAUACGUGACCCUGGGCAAUCCUGUCAGCAAAAUGGUAGCAUCGUCCGCAUCCGCCCUGCUCCGCACGCUUGGUCUGCGUCCCAAGAAGGUGCCGGUGCAGGAGACGAGUAUGGCGCUGAUUCCUGCCGCGAACUACGCGCAUUCACACGGAUCGCUCUACCGACUGGCCGGCAGCCACUACCACUUCAUUCGGCUGGCCGGGAUCGGCGGCGCGUCGGCCAUCUUUAUGGGCGCCUACUGCAAGUACGUCCUGAAGGACGUCAGCGAUCCCAAGGAGCAGGUGGACUCGCAGGCCUUUGCUGAUGUGGCCAAUCGUAUCCACUUCCUGCAUUCCUUUGCCAUGAUGGCCAUGCCUCUGGCCCACUAUCCCGUAUUCACUGGCACUUUGAUGAUUACGGGCAUGAUGCUCUUCAGCGGCUGCAUGUACUACCGCGCUUUGACUGGCGAGAAGCGGCUGCAGCCGUACGCGACUGUCGGAGGAUUCUGCCUGAUGGCCGCGUGGCUGUCGCUGGUCCUAUAGGAUGCGCGGAGGGGAGGCCAACUAUCUAUUUUCCAUGUAGCACAUGCUGAACUGCUAUUUAGUGCAGAGGCAAAUAAAGCUAAGCCAACUCUAACAUACAUCAUCUAACAUAAUACAACAUCAACUAAA